AUGCGCCACUUCGAUGCCUGGGUCAUUCGUGACCCUUACUCCAUCUGGCAUUACUAUACCACCGGCCAACGCUGGAAAGAUACCGUCCGCGACCUCAUCCACGACCGCAAGAUCUGCGCACCACUCAAUUCCAAUUCACAAUCUACACCAAUCGAUCUAUACCCACCAUCUUCACCACCAGACACCACAUCUACAACCUCCUCCACAACAAUCCACCAAGCAAGCCCCCUCCUCACACGCCUGCCCCCAGAAAUCCGCGCUAUGAUCUGGUCCUACGUCUUCGGCGCCGAUACCCUGCACCUACCCGCUGGCGUCUCCCCCCAUCACCCUCACCCUCAACAUCCCCCAGCACAAACACUUCCCUCCUCUACCCACACACUCACCCCCGCCCUCCCAAGCACCCUAUCAAACUCGUCCCCAGCCCUCCUCCGCACCUGCCGCUCAAUCUACGCCGAAACCCUGAACACCCUCUACAAAGCCUCCACCUUCGACGUAGACGACCUAUACACCUUCAUCGCAUUCACCCAAUCCCUCCCCUCCCACGCCCUAUCCUCAAUAACCCGCCUCACAAUCCAAUGGAGCCCAAUCUGGACUCCCCUCUCCGGGCAGGACCACAAACACUCCAUCUACGCACAUACACACAGCGACACCCUCUGGCUGCAAUUCUGGGCGCGCGUCGCCUCCCUACCCUCCCUGUCCGAGAUCAGACUUAGUAUUGACCUCGGUUCGUUCACGGGGACUGUCACUAGCAGUGGUGAUGUCGUGCUUGGUGGGAGUGGGGUGCGGAUUCCGAUGGGGGUAGGCGAGUUAUGGACUUUGCCGUUGUGUGCGGUUCGCGGGUUGGAGAGCUUUGAGAUGGCUGUUACGGCGAGGUGUGAUGUUGUGGCGAGACGGGUGCUUGAGGCGGAUUUGUGUAGGGAUGCAGGGGGGUUGAGGGAUUGGUUGACGCGGGUUAUGUGUGGAGGGCGGGAGGUGGAGUUGGGUGAGCUUUUGGGGGAGAUGGUUGGGGGGGCAGUGGAUGGGGGGAGGUUGAGGGUUUUGGAGGAGUGGAUUAGGAUGGGGAGGGAGGAGGAGGAGGUUAUUGGGAAGAGGUCGGGGCAGAGGUUGGCUAUUAUGGCUGCUUGA